CCUCUUGCGCAAUUACGCGGCGUUCCUGUCUUUGCCGUGAGGAGGCAGUGGCUGGCGGGAAGGAGGAAGAGGAGGAGAGGGAAAAAAAAAAGAAAGUGUUGGUGGCGGCGCUUGGAGCAGGGGGAUGGAGGAUCAGCCGCUGUCGCCACCCCCGCCGCCGCCCCUGCAGGAGCUGCUGGGGCGUUGCCUCCCCCGACUCCCCCAGCCGCUGCUGUUUGAAGAGGAGCCCCACCAGCUAUUCAUGCUUAAGGAUAAGUGGUGGAGAUAAGCAUGAGACCAGCGUGGCACAGCUGUAUGUAUAUGCACAAUUGAAGCAAUUGCACACUUUAUUGGCUGACAAUCUUGGCAUUUUUUAGCAAAAAAACAAAAUCGAAAGACCCAACACAUUUGUGUUUGACUUGUCAAAUAAACGUGCAUGUCACCUGAUGGAGCCUUCUAGUGGUGAACAACUCUAUGAUGACCCUGAUGUUGGAAACAAAACUCAAGAUCCAGAGACCAAAAGGCAGCAUGAGUCUGAACAAAAGCUGUCAAAAAUUACCCACAAUGCCUUGGAGAACAUUAAUGUAAUUGGUCAAGGUUUGAAGCACCUCUUCCAGCAUCAGCGUAGGAGGUCAUCUGUAUCUCCCCAUGAUGUUCAACAAGCUCAGGUUGAUAUGGAACCUGAAACAGAAUUGGAAAACCAAAACACCUGUGCUGAAAUUGAUGGUGUCUCUACCCACUCUACAGCUCUGAAUAGAGUUCUCCAACAAAUCAGAGUGCCACCUAAAAUGAAGAGAGGAACGAGCCUUCAUAGCAGAUGGGGCAAGUCAGAUCCUCCGAAAGGAAGUCCUCAAAUCAACAGGAAAUCUGUCCAAGAUAUUAAUGCUGGCCGUCCCAGAUCCUCAUCUACUACUGAUGCCCCAUCUAAUUUAUCAAUUCUGGAGAUGGCGUCUCGUAGCUGUUUAGUAGGUGAAGAAGUUGGAUCAGCAGAUUGGAUCGAACGAUUAGAUGUAAGUAGCCUAGCACAAACAACUAGCGCAGUGGCAUCAAGCACAGACUGCAGUAUCAAUGCAGACUCUGUUGAUGGAACACCAGAUCCACAACGCACAAAAGUGGCCAUCACACAUCUGCAGCAGAAAAUACUAAAACUUACAGAGCAAAUCAAAAUAGAGCAAACAGCUCGGGAUGACAAUGUGGCAGAAUACCUGAAAUUAGCCAAUAAUGCUGACAAGCAGCAGAGUGCCCGAAUUAAGCAGGUGUUUGAGAAGAAGAACCAGAAAUCAUCCCAGACAAUCCUCCAGUUGCAAAAGAAGCUAGAGCACUAUCAUCGGAAGCUGCGAGAGAUUGAACAGAAUGGCAUUCAUCGACAGCCCAAAGACGUCUUGAGGGAUAUGCACCAAGGGCUAAAGGAUGUAGGAGCAAAAGUCACUGGCUUCAGCGAAGGUGUAGUAGAUAGUGUUAAAGGUGGACUUUCCAGCUUUUCCCAGGCAACUCAUUCAGCAGCUGGAGCUGUUGCUUCUAAACCUCGGGAAAUUGCCUCACUUCUUAGAAACAAGUUUGGAAGUGCCGACAAUAUUACUAAUCUGAAGGAUGCUUUGGAAGAAAGUCAAGAAGAUGGGACUGGAGGAAAGACUUUAGGUGUUCAUAACUUUCAGUCGAGCCCAAAAUAUGGCAGUGAGGAAGAUUGUUCCAGUGCUACAUCAGGCUCAGUGGGAGCCAAUAGCACCGCAGGAGUCCCCUUGGGAGCACCAAGCUCCAAAACAAACACUCUGGAAAUGCAGAACUCAGGGUUUGAUGCAAUACUGCAUGAGAUUCAAGAGAUUAGAGAGGUUCAAGUACGACUGGAGGAAUCCUUUGAAGAUCUCAAGGUUCACUAUCAGCGAGAUUAUUCCUUGAUAAUGCAGGCUCUACAGGAAGAAAGAUACCGAUGUGAGCGGCUAGAAGAACAGCUGAAUGACCUGACUGAGCUUCAUCAGAAUGAGAUCCUCAACUUAAAACAGGAAUUAGCCAGCAUGGAGGAAAAAAUAGCUUACCAGUCCUAUGAACGAGCCAGAGAUAUCCAGGAGGCCCUAGAGGCAUGUCAGACCAGAAUCUCCAAGAUGGAACUGCAGCAGCAACAGCAGCAAGUUGUCCAGUUGGAAGGCCUUGAAAAUGCCACUGCCAGAAACCUUCUGGGCAAACUAAUAAACAUCCUCUUAGCUGUGAUGGCUGUCCUGUUGGUCUUUGUCUCCACCGUGGCCAACUGCGUGGUCCCCCUGAUGAAAACUCGCAGCAGGACGUUCAGCACUUUCUUUGCCUUGGUCUUCAUUGCCUUUUUGUGUAAGCACUGGGAUGCCAUUACUGGCUACUUGGAACGUUUUUUUUCACCCUCCAGAUGAUGACAAGAACAGGCUGUUGCCUCACUCACUCGAGCUGGCUCUGGCAAGGAAAUGCAUCAAAGCUUAGUCAGCAGUUCCUUCCUUCACCGAAGAUUUAACAUGUCCGAGUGUGAAUUUGUUUACAGUUAAAAUAACAUUUUCUCUCUGAGACACGUUGGCAAUAGUGGGUUUUUUUUUUAGAUUUUAUUAAAGAACUCUUUUUUUGUCAAAACUCCUGGACAAUUUUUAUGUAGCAUGGUUCUCUUUGGAUGCAAAUCUUAAUAUUCUGUAAGUGUACAAAGAUAAAACACAAACCUGGAGCACACCAAUGGGCAAAUUAAAUUAUGGCUCAACUACUGUACUAAACCUGGUCAGAAGAGGAAAAGACAAAUAAAUAGAUUCUAACGAAGAUAAUCCGGUGCAUAGCGAUACUCUGAUUAUCCUAUAAUGCUACUGUGAAAACUGACCACAUUCUGUGUCUGAAUGUAUAGCUUCAGGAUGGCUUUCUCUAGUGAAAGACCAAUGCAAUACAUGGAACUUCCUGGAUCUCUUCCUGGGUUUGCCUCUUCUGCUGUUAAACUUUCUGGCCAGCUAUAUGAAGUGGAUUAGUUAUCCUGUGCACAGUUACUGCACAGCUGUACUCCAGUAUUUUGAACUAGCCCUUUGAAUAUUUUAAGCAAAAGCCCUUGGUUGCACUUUGACUGUUUUUUAAUGUAUGUAUAGUCACAGAUCUAAAAAUCCAAAUGGCAUACUUGAAGAGUGUAAUACUCAAACUCUCAGUGCUUCCUUAUUGUUUCUAAUAGGAUUUUUUAUUCUUAUUGGGGAUUGUUUUUGAACUUAAUGGUUGGGAGCAUCAUCUCUCUUUCUCUCUCUUGCUCUCUUUGAAUAAAGAAGUGAUGUUCUUAAAUGAAGAAGUGUGUGAAUAAAUAUGAGCUAUCUUGUCCUGAGAUGGUUUUGAGGGUUGCAAAUAAUUUUUAAUGUAUCUCAAGUGCAAACCUGUUCACAUGUGAUCUAUGUCCUCCUUAACUUCCAUACAUAGCAUGAAGAAAAUAGAUUCUCUUUCCCCUCCUGCCAGUCCAUACACGUUUUGUUUUGUCUGGAAGUGAAGGAGGAACUGAAAAUCUUGUCCCUGGUCCUGUUGUGUCUAGACCAGUUAUUUUAAUGAGAAUAAAGAAAUCCUGGUUUGUUCUAAGAAAAAUGAAUGGGAACUUUUGAAAGCAUGAGUGAGCGAGCAUUUUGAGAAAAGAAAUAAGGAGUCUUAACCUUACUGAUAAUAAAUAGGACUUAAAUGUUCAGUUUAGGCUCCUCCAUGCCAAAGUUGGAGUGCUAGCUGGGGUAGACUACAGCAGUCAGCUUCAGAUCUAUCAUAAAGCUGCUCUGUGUCUCUAGGGAAGGCAUAAAUGCUUAAGGAAGCAUCAAGUCAUAAGGCCAACCCUUUUAAAUAGUCCCCGAGUUAACGUAUUAUUCAGAUAUGCCCUUGAGAACUGAAACCAAAGCUGUCCUACUAACAAACUAACAGUGUUCACACUGUUGAUGCUGCUUAUGUUUAGAGUCAGCCCCUUCAACUUCACUGUGUUCCCGUAUAGGACAUCAUGAAACCUCCUGCAUUAGUAAGAUUUGGUACAACCUUCCUGACAACAAAAAGAGCAAGUGAACAGUGCUUUCCCCCCCGCUUGCUCCUCAACACGUAUUUGAAACAGGUUCUUCCUGUUUCAAGCGUGUAAAACAAGGACUCAUGCAGAUUACUUAUAUGAGUGUUCAAAACAGAAUUUUCCCUUGCAAGACACACAUUUUAAAAAGCAGUGGUAUGAGCUGCUUGUUCUCCUACUUUCACUGCUUUUUCAGAAAUGUAAACUGGGCCUGGAAUUGUAAGAAUGUUGGUUCUGUUAGUAAGUCUUCAGCCAUGGUGACGUGUUUUUCCAAAGCCUCUUUAAUGCUGGCCAACAAGCUUUAUAUUUGUGAAAUUCAGAAUUAAAAUUCUUAAUUCUAGCUGUUUUCACUGUGAAAACAGUUAAGCAUUCUUUUACAUUGCUGGAAUAUAAUCAUUUAAUUCUAACUAGGCCAGUCUUUUAUCUAAGAGCCUAACAGUCCCCAAAUGACCUACCGUACAUAAUGUGGAACUGAAUCCUGAAGUUCUUACUGUUUAGGUUUUAUUAUUUAAACUUUGUUUCUAUCCUGUCUCCUUUGUUAAAUGGAACUUGGCCUUCUGAUUGUUAGCUAACAGUAGAGAAACUUCUUUUUGCCCCAAUCAUCAUUCAAGCAUAUCAUUUUCAGAAUUGCAGUUCUUUGUACACUCAGAUCCCUAAUGCUAACAUGCACCACAGAUUGGUACUGAAAAAAAUCUACUUGUCCCCCAAGGAAAUUACCAAUUACAAGAGAUUCUGGCCCAGAACUAAGCAUUCUGUUUCCCUAGCCCUACAGAUAUAGAUUGUUUAUUAAUAUCUGUUUGUAUUAACAUUUGCCUCGGCCUGCCAUUUCAAAUCUUUAUUGAAUUUAUGACCACUGUUCCUAAGCAUCUCAAUAUCCCUCCACCUUUUUGCAUGUUCUUAGUGAUAAACUAAGUGACUUAAAAAGGGCAUGAUUUGGACACCAACAUGAAACGCUUGAGGUGGCUUCUAGGACCACUUUUAUGAUACAUGCAUUUGCUGUAGAUAAGUUUAGCACAGCGUAUGAACAAAUAUGGCCUAGAUGAGUAUUCAUUAUUUCAUAUUCACUGAAGUCUGUUAGUGAAUAUUUCAUUGCCUCUUCUUGUAAACAUUUAUAAUUUCUGAAUGUGUCUUAUUUGAUAAGUACUGUAACAGCUAACACCUGUUUACCAGGAAAAGAAAGUGAUAGAGCCCUAAUCUUCAAAAUUUUUCCAAAAAGACGUUUUGGUUUAUGAUUAAAACUGGUUUUCAGUACAUUCUAAAGGUUUCUAUUCAUGUUUUAUGAGGUUGCAUCCAAUCGGUUGAAUAUUCUAACAUGACUCUUGUCAUUUUGCCUUUUUUGCUAACAAAUCAUUCAGUCUCCCCACUGCAUCAAAUUAUUUCACAAAUGUUAACUAUUUAAAAAUGUGACUAUAGCUUUAAACCCCUAAUUCCCUUUGCAAGCAUUUUUGGCUUAUUUGUUACAGAUAAUGUUUGCAAGUGAGUGAGUGUAUGCGUGUAACUUGAUUAUUGAUGUGGCCCUCUUCAGUUAGGUAUAGAUUUUCCAGUUUCCUAUUUAGAUCAGGGGAUAUGUAACAUACUAAUAACGUAUCGGAUUAUCAUCAAAAGAAAUGAAUGUAGCAGAUUGCAUUGGUGGAAACAACACUUCAGCAUAUUUUCUGUGGUUCAUAACAUAUCUAACCUUGGUGGUUUAAAGAAAGGCUGAAGUGAUCACUUACUUUGUUCAGAUUUUAUUCCUCCAACCAUAAAUGAUGCAUACAGAGUAUGUAUGUACUCUGUGAUAAUAGCUUGUGUGUUCACAGUUACUACUUUCUUAAUUCAUUUAUUCCACAUCAGUGGACCCCUAACAAUUAGGUUUUGUUGGGCUAUUUUGUAGGUUAUGGUACUGGCCCAAAGGACUGUCUUUCAGGGGUUUGGAUGGACUUUCAGAAAUUAAAAAGUGCAAGCAGUACGAACUAAGAUGCCAGAUGAUGGGCAGGUGUCAAAUUCUUUAGCAGUUGAGAAAUUCUGAAUGUGGCAAAAGAGUUGUAUGUGUGUGUGUUGUGUAGGCCAGGUGACGUGCAUUAGUAGGCAACUGACACAACUGUAAGUGUGGUUUUUUUAAAAAGUAUAAAAUAAAAACUCACUUGCAUGGGAUGACAAGUAUGACAGUGACACUAGUUUAUAGAUCUUUAAGCUGCUAACUGUUGAGAGGGAUUGAUUUGUCUUGUCUGGUAGUCACAGGUUUGUCUGUGACUCAUGCUGUAUAUAAAAUUCAAUAAAACCUCAGAUAUUCA